AUGAUUCGCGCUAUUAUUCUCGUCGCUUUGAUCCUGGCCGCCAUCGUUACUGCCGAACUUGGAAGCCACCAUGAAGGGUUCGUUGAAUUUUUUUGUGAUGUAAAGUGAAUGGAAAAUGAAAAAAGUUAGGCUUUAAACGACAAAAUUGAAGUUGCAUAAUAACGACCGUAGAGUGAAAUGUGUCGUCUUCAAGCCACUACGGAGUGAGAAGAUAAAGUAACCCGAAAAAAAUAAAAAAACUAUUUUUUUUACAAAAAAAUCUUUGGAAAAUUCAAAUUUCUGGAAAUUUUACCACGUCGAAUCAAAUGUGUUUUCUGCGAGCACCAAUCUACGUACUACAAAGCUACCGCAACCCAAAAUGAAAAAAGUUUUUUUUACUAAAAUCUUCGAAAAAUUCAAAUUUCUGGAAUUUUUAUCAUAAUGAUCGUCAAAUUGAAUGUGUUUUCUGCAAGUACCAAUCUACGUACUAAAAAGCUACCGUAACCCGAAAUGAGAAAAAGGACAUUUUUCGGCUUGAAGCACUGAAAAAAACUUUAAUUUCUGGAACUUUUACCAAAAUGACCGUCAAAUUAAAUGUGUUUUCUGCAAGCACCAAUCUACGUACUAAAGAGCUACCGUAACCCAAAAUUAGGAAAAUUUUCGACUUACCAGGGAAUGGUCUCAGCUCACAGUGGGACUUCUGUUCAUUUUUGGGGGAAACAAGACCUAUAUUCCCCCCAAAAAUGAACUCAAUCUGAGACUAUGAAAUUUUCAUCUACAUCUAGGAAAAGUGGUCUCAUUCAGAAGUCCCACUGUGAGCUGAGACCAUUCCCUGGUUAGAGCUUUCUAAAAUUUCAAAUUCAUCAUUUUGAUCGUCAAACUUGAUGUGUUUUCUGCAAGGACCGCUGUAAGAACUCAAAAAGCUACAACAAUAACCGAAAAUAAUACUUUUCAUUAGACUUUAUUUAUCACCAUUGCAAUUUGCAGAAACGGACGCGAGCCCCGACAACUCGGCUACGGUCCCUACGGUGGAUUCUACGGUCACCAUCACCAUCACCACCACCAUUUCUUCCCCCACUUCCAUCAUCAUCACGGAUUCCAUCACUACGGACCUUUCGGCCGCUAA